AGCCGACGCGCCGCGGCGCCGCGCACGGAGCCGGCGGGGAGAGCGAUGGAGGUGCAGCUCGCACCCCGCAGAGCCUGGAACGACUUCUUCCCCGGCUUCGAGCGCUUCGCCUGGCCGGACUUCAAAGACGUGUCCAAAUGGAACAACCGGGUGGUCAGCAACCUGCUCUAUUACCAGACCAACUACCUGCUGCUGGCGGCCGUGGUCAUCUCCAUCGUGGGAUUUCUGAGCCCACUGAACAUGAUCCUUGGUGGCACCGUAGUAGUGCUGGUGUUCACAGGUUUUGUGUGGGCAUCACACAACAAAGACAUCCUUCGCAAGUUCAAGAAGCAGUACCCAACUGCGUUUGUGGUAGCCAUCCUGCUGUCUAGUUACUUCUUGAUAUCCUAUUUUGGAGGUGUCAUGGUGUUCAUAUUUGGGAUAACAUUUCCUCUACUGUUGAUAUUUAUCCAUGCGUCUCUGAGGCUUCGGAGCAUAAAGAACAAGCUGGAAAAUAAAAUGGAAGGAAUAGGUUUGAAGAAGACUCCUAUGGGCAUAGUACUUGAUGCCCUUGAUCAGCAGGAAGAGAACAUCAACAAACUGGCUGAUUACAUCGCUAAAGUGAAGGAAUAAGGGGCACAUAAUAUGGCUUUCUUAUCUGUUGCAGGAAUUUAGUUGCUAUUUACUCUUGUCAAAGCUUGCUUUCAAUUUGUCUGUGAGAUGCACGUACUGUACAGAUUGACAAUGGCAAGAUAAAGGUAUACAAAGUUAUUCAGGACUCCUCUAAGACUGGGGAGGAGAGAGUCCCCUUUCUAUAAUAUGGUAAAAUGUCUUCCUGUUAGUGCAUAUGUGUGUAAUGGUUUAAAGCACUUGUUUUCUGGCAGGGGAGGUGGGGGAGAAACAAACCUGAAUUGCAGUCUCUGAACCUGUUCUUGGUAGCCAGUGUCAUGUCUAAGUAUUUAUAAUGCACUUCAUUAGAGGGAUGGUAUGGGGUGGGAGGACUGUUUAGUGCUCUACCGGUUGGCUAACACUGUCACCAGACAAAAAUCUGUCAGUCAGGAUUGGCUGAAUGCUCUGCCAAUACACUUUUCAAGUGGGUUAUAUUCACGCCAUCUUAUCUGAAGUAGCAAAUGGAAAGAAUAAAUUGACUAGAGCGCACAAGUCACCUCACACUCCUAGUCUGUUCACAAAAUGUAAUAUUUUCUUAUAGCAGGAGAUCAAAGUCUAAAUGGGCAACAUAUGUAAACUAUAUAGCACCCUUGUCCAGUUCUGCCCGCAAUACACCUAUGCAAAUUCGACUGAAUUCCAUAGGAGAGGCGCAUGUGUCUCUGAAGGUUAUUAUUAGCCUUAAAUGUCUCUGUGAAAUCUUGGCUCUCUUGAAGUCCAUGGAAGUUUUUUUUUGUUGCCAUUGACUUCAAGAGAGCCACGACUUCACACUUGUAAGGUGUGGGGUUUUGUGGUUGAUUUCUUUUUUUUUUUUUUUUUAUGCUUAAAAAAACAAAACUGGACUGUAAGAAUAGCUAGGACACUCUCUUAUUUGGAGUUCUGGUUUUAAAAACCAGAACUGUCACUUGAGAUUUUAGGACUUGCCUCAUUGUCCAAAUUGUGCUCUGACUCUCUUCCAGUUUAAAGAUGACACUGGCUAAAACAUAGAUUUUUGCUAACUUAUUCCACUUGUGGCUCUGUUCAGGGAAAAUAAGACUAGAUUUCAGACUUAUAAAUAAAAACAAUAAAUUGCAUAUUCUUAGAACCAUUUUCAAAUUCAUAUAAGCAAUUACUUUCAAGAGCUCUUGUUACAAAUUUCUUCAGUAAACUUCAGCUUGACUGCAGUCUGUGCUACCUAAAUCAUAUGCAUGGAAAAACGUAUGCAGAUUAACAUAGUGUGUAACUAGCAAUCUUGCAUUUCUCCUCCUUUUUAUGAAGUAUUUAUCUGUAACUGACUUGAUUUACAUGGCAGGUAUAGCAGAUAUCCAAAAACCUCUUCAGAGUUCAUGUAUAUAGACAUGUGCGUGCGCACACAUACGGUGUCUCUUCAAAAUGAAUUGUUUAGGAGUCUGAACACCUCAUUCCAUGCAAAUGUUCCAGAGUGAUCAGUAUUUACUGGAAGUUUGUCUUUACGUGUAUAUUCCAGGGUAAGAAGCAAUGCCCUGCUCCUUUAUUAUAGUACCUUGUCUUAGCUUUUGAUGAGUAGUUCUUGCUACACUUACAGAAGAGAUACUAGCCUAUGACUUCAUGAAUAUAUGGUUCCAUUGUAGAAUUUUAAAAACGAGUUGUGAAGAAUAAACUUUAACAAUUGAUAAAA